AUGGCUUUUACUGAUUUAGCCCCAGAGAUCAUUCAAGCAAUCCUCGACUGUUUGGAAGCUGUACAAGACUUGGCCGAGUGCCGUUUGGUUUGCAAGGCAUGGAAGCCCAUUUCUGAACAGCUCAUGUUGAGAAAGAAAAUAUUUCUUAUGUCUGAAGAGAACGUAUUGCAGUUGGUUUAUCACUUGAAGAAGGCUCCGCCCUUUGGUAAACUGGUGAAAUAUGUGGUUUUUGAUUUUCAGGAAAACGCUACUGCCAAUGAUGUAUACUUGAAGCUGCUCUCAUUCAUUUUUACGCCCAAUCUUCUUGUUCUGGAUGGCUACAUUCCUAUCAAGAAUAUUUACAAAGAAAUGUUGUCUAUUGCUAGAGAGUCUCCAAAGAAGUUUGACAAGCUGCAAGUUAUCCCUCAAGAACAACACAUGGCGAUCAACUCUAAUGAUUUCAAAACCGCAUGUCUUUUGUUCAAGAAAUCGUUGAAAGUUGUUACAAUUACUUUUACUGAUGAAAACAAACCCAACUGGACAAUUGGAAGCCUUUGA